AUGCCUGUGACCGAACUUGCGCUUCUUCACCUGAAGCCCAGUUUCUCUACUGAUAGCCCCAACGUUCAGUCGGCCCUGCGCUUCGCAAGACAUUCAAUGGAAUCCUUCACGGGCUAUCCAUUUUAUCUUUAUACCCAAAUUGAAGACCCCUCUUACAUCUACGUAAUCGGUAGCUGGGGUAGCGUCGCACAACACAUGGAGCAGUGGAUCCCGUCGAAUAAGAACCAAGAGAUUUUGAAAUCCGUUGACGGUAUGCUGGACGUUGAGUGGAUGUUCCAUCUUGACAUUGAUCAGGUGGCAUUGAAGGAUGCUCAACAGGGCGGUAUUCCAUUCUCAGCCCCUCUGAUCGCCAUCGCGAGACGGGACGUUGAUUCAGGGAAGAGGGAGGAUACUGUGGCUAUGUUUGAAAAAAGCAAGCAGCCUUUGUUGAACUUCACAGAACCAUAUUCGAUUUGCAGUGGAUGGAAACUGGAUCAUGAUGCUAACAGCAAAGUCGACAAGGAGGAAUUUGUUCUCUUUUCAGGGUGGUGUGAUACGGCACAUUCCACUGCCUUUUCUCAAAAAGAAGGAGAUAAGGAGUAUAGAGAAGCCAGGGGAUUCCUAGCCACUUUUGAAGUGAAACAUGCAAGACAAUGGCAGAUAUAG